AUGACGCCGGGUGACGUUGAUAUUUGCGCAAGUGCAACGUGGGCAACAGACGGUGUGACAGUUGCAGGUGGUCAAGGGAUAGGGUCAGACUUGAAUCAACUUACCUAUCCUCGUGGAGCUUUCGUGGACGACACUGGAGCAAUUUACGUUACGGAUGAUAAUCUUCGAGUGGUGAAAUGGGAGCAUGGAGCAACAAGCGGUGUUAUCCUUGCUGGGUUCGGCGGCAAGGGUAGCGGUAACGACCAAUUUGAAUAUUAUUUGCACAAUCUUGCUGUAGAUGCUGAAGGAACAAUGUUCAUAUGCGAUAAAGGAAACGAACGAGUUGUACGAUGGAAAAAGAAUGCAAAAAGUGGUCAGAGCAUUAUCUCGAAUAUCAACUGCUUUGGAGUGGCUUUGGAUCAUGAGGGAUUAUUGUAUGUAUCCGAUCUCAACAACCAUCUUGUGCUGAAGUAUAAUGCCGAUUUCUCCCAUAGUGAAGUGGUUGCAGGCGGUAACGGAGGAGGUGCAGCACUGAAUCAAUUGAAUCGACCCCAUUUUGCUUUUGUCGAUCAUAAUUUCAAUAUAUUUGUACCAGACACAGACAAUCAUCGAGUAAUGAAAUGGCAAAGAGGUUCUAAAGAGGGCAUUGUUGUGAGUGGAAGCGAGAAUUCGCAUCAACUUAGCGGACCACAUGCCGUUGUUGUGGACAAGAUCGGCAAUAUUUAUGUUGUUGACCAUGAUUUACAUCGGGUCAUGCGCUGGUUGAAAGGUGCACAAUCAGGUAAUCUUCUCUUUGGAGGAAACGGAUAUGGGAAUCAAGCCAAUCAGCUUGCGUUUCCUAUCGAUAUAGACUUCGAUCGAAAUGGCAAUUUGUAUAUUACUGAUCGCAACAACCAUCGCAUUCAAAUGUACCGUAUUAAUAAAACAUCGUGUCUAUCAUCAUCCGUUCUUAAUGUAUAA